GGCCUGCGGGGCUGCGCCACCGGCUCUAGCCUCUGCGUCCUAAGUUCUAGACCCUCAUCAUGUCCGAGACCGCCCCCGCCGCGCCAGCCACGCCGGCCCCCGCCGAGAAGGCGCCUGCGAAGAAGAAGGCGAAGAAGCCGGCAGGAGCCAAGCGGAAGGCGUCCGGGCCCCCGGUGUCCGAGCUCAUCACCAAGGCCGUGGCCGCCUCCAAGGAGCGCAGCGGCGUGUCCCUGGCCGCGCUCAAGAAGGCGCUGGCGGCCGCGGGCUACGACGUGGAGAAGAACAACAGCCGCAUCAAGCUGGGGCUCAAGAGCCUGGUGAGCAAGGGCACCCUGGUGCAGACCAAGGGCACCGGCGCCUCCGGCUCCUUCAAGCUCAACAAGAAGGCGGCGUCCGGCGAGGCCAAGCCCAAGGCCAAGAAGGCGGGCGCGGCCAAGGCCAAGAAGCCCGCCGGCGCGGCCAAGAAGCCCAAGAAGGCGACCGGGGCCGCCACGCCCAAGAAGGCCGCCAAGAAGACCCCGAAGAAGGCCAAGAAGCCCGCGGCCGUGGCCGUGACCAAGAAAGUGGCCAAGAGCCCCAAGAAGGCCAAGGUUGCCAAACCCAAGAAGGCCAAGAGCGCAUCGAAGGCAGUGAAGCCCAAGGCUGCCAAGCCCAAGGUUGCUAAGCCCAAGAAGGCUGCAGCCAAGAAGAAGUAGGCCGAUCCUGCCUCUACCCAAAAGGCUCUUUUCAGAGCCACCACUUACUUGGAAAAGGAGCUGUGGCGUUGAGCUGAGGCCCCUGGCGGGCGUCCCAAAUCGAGUUGCCAACGCGCCCCCCUAAGGGAUGCUCCAGAUCCCGGGUAUCCUGCUGGACAGCUGCCAGCCCCGCCCAGGCUCUGAGCGAAAACAACCUCACAACUUCAGGGCCCUGGCCGGGAUUGGACUGUAAGGUAACUUCGAAAGUUCCGCCCUGUCCGCGGGUUGGCCAUCUGCUCCCGCCUGUGGCUUUGGUCCCGUGCUCAAUUGGACGGCAGCCAGCGUUGGUUCGCUCCGGAAUGUUGGGAGUUUGCCCUGGGUGGUGGGAGGAGGAGCUUGCAUUUGGAACAUUGCAUUAGACCUGCCCUGGCGUCUCCGCGUAGGUAGCAACCUAGUUACGGGAGGCCGUGCGUCCGAGAAGCUGUGCUUUCGGAAAGAACCCUUCCACCCGGAGGGGCGCUGCACCCGGCCCCUUGUUUGUUCUUGUGGUUUGUAGCAAUGGCGUGGUUGUGCAAGGACUGAACUGCGUCACUGUCUGUCAGCCAUUUUAUUAGGGCGUGACCAUCACCGAUCACUUUGUUACUUUGACAUAGGACUUUUUUCCAAAAAGCCCAGGCGGGCCUCCAACUACUGUUUAACCCUUGUUGGCCUGGAUCUUGCGGUCAUCCUCCUGCCUCAGUUUCCUUAAGUGCUUGAGAUUGUCUACAUAUGUCGUCACUGAAGCUCGACUUAAGUUUGUAAAUACUGAAGUUUCUUUAGAUGCUAUGUGCGCUCCAAAUAUACGCAAAAAACAAUGUACUUUUGGUUAAAGUGUUUGUGGAUCUAAUAAAAGCUUUGUUUUAUUUCA